GCGUCCCUUCCGUGUCCACUCCCCCCCUCCUUACGCGGGCGGCGACAAGUAAAAUACUCCGUGACUUUUGAGGGAGCUGAGUAUAUGAUCCAUCUCCCCUGCAGGAGCACAUGUGCCUUUGCAGAAUUGCAGUGGCUGCCGAUCGUCGUCCGCACUGGGUUAUCAAUACAGUCCAGAUCUCCCUUCUUUCUCCGAGCUUCGUCUGAAACAGCUCUCCAUCUCUCCUGCAGGCAGCUGAAUUCGUCUGAAACGCUGAGAUAAGGGGAGAAGAAAAUGAUGGAAAAGGAAGAAAUUCAUGUGAAGGUUGAGAACAAGAUCAGGUCCCAUGAGAAGACAGAAAAGACUGAGGUAGAUAUUGAUGUGAAGAGCAAAUCUCUGGAGAAAGAGAAGCAUGAAAAGCACAAAGGCGAGAGUGAGGGCAAAGAAGAUAAGAAGAAGAUGAAAAAGGAGAAAGGCGAGAAAGUUGUUGAGGAUGGAGAAUCUGAAGAUUCGGAAAAACUUAAAAAGGGCAAGGAGAAGAAAUGCAAAGGUAAGGAAGAAACGGAAGAUGGAAAAGCUACCAAGGAAGAUGAAGAGAAGAAACACAAGAAGGAUAAGAAAAUAAAGAACAAUGAGGAUACUGAGGCGGAAGCUCUUAAAGACGGAACCCAAGAGAAGGGCGAGGACACGCAUGGAAAAGAAGAUAAGAAGGACAAGGUGAAGAAAGACAAGAAAGAGAAGAAGGAUAAAGAAAAGAAAGGUAAGAACAAAGAGGUAUCAGCGGGAGAAUCCAACGAUGAAGCUUCAAAGGAAGAGAAAGACGAUGAUGAAGCGAAGCAUAAGGAGAAGAAGGGGAAGAAGGAAAAAGAAAAGAAAUCAAAGAGCAAAGACGUGACUGAGUUGGAACUUGAAGGGGAGGACAAAGAAACACAUGAUAAGAAACAUAAGGAGAAGAAAGACAAGAAGAGUAAGGAGGACAAAAAAGAUAAAACUAAGAGCAGAAAUGAUGCGUCGAGUGGAGAAUCCAAGGAAGGUAACAAUGACCAAACACACGAUAAAGAAGCGAAGAAGAAAUGCAAGAAGGAAAAGAAGGAUAAAGAAAAGAAAACUAAAACCAAAUCUGCAUCCGAUGUUGAAUCCAAGGACGCAUCAAACAAAAAGGAGGACAAGGAAAAAGAAAACAAAGCAGAGAACAAGGAGGAGAAAGGCGUGAAGGACACGGAUAGCGUAGAAAAAGGAGCACAUGAGCCUGAAGUUCUUACUACGAGAGAGAUACGUGUAGAUGGAAGUGAAUUAGAGGGCACAUGUAAGACCGAAAAGAAGGAAGACGAGAGCAAGGAAGAGAAGAAAGAUAAGUCCGAAAAGAGGAAAAAAACCGAAGGAAAGACCAAAUGCAAAGACCUUGAUGGACUGAAAAAGAAGCUGGAUAAAAUCAAUGCAAAAAUGGAAGGUUUAGAGCAGAAGAGAGCAGACAUCUUGAGACAGAUAAAAGAAGCUGAAGGUCAUGAGACAACUGUUAAUUAGCUUGCCAAGAUUGUUCCCGGAGACGCCGAAGUGAAGGCUUUUGCUGUGGCAGAAUGAUGCACAUCCAGGUUGCAUAUGUUCAUGUUUGAAUGUCUUUUCUGUAUUUCCAUGUUGUGUGUUUACAUCUUAAUAAUGCGCAAUAUUGUGAUGUGUAAGUGUGUAACAUAAUAGAAUGUUAGUUGCGUC